AUGCACGUUAAAACGGAAAUUUUUCCAUCUUCAUUCACCGGUCACAAUCGUCGAAUUGAGUUGGCUGGAACCGAUCUAUGGAUUACUCCACGUAUUGAUAACGUUUUUGUCUAUCCAGGCGAUUUAAAUAUUAAUCGUUUUAAAGACGCACUCGGUCACAUUCUUGCACUAUGGCCUUUAGUCUGCGGUCGUUUACUCCUACACGAUGGAGAACAUUAUGUUAUUGAAAUGUCUGACAAAGCCGUACCAAUUACAAUCGUCGACAAUACAGAAUUAAAACAAUGGCCUCUUAACUCUAAUGUAGUAUGGGACGCUGUUGAAGGUCAACUGCAACCAUUUCUGGACGAAGUGCAAACUACGAAACUAUGGCAUGGUUCUCCAGAUGAACCACUUUUUCGUUUGAAAAUUACUCGUCUCAUACAAAGUGGUGAAUGGGUGCUCGGAACAACAACUUCAUCAACAUCGACUACAGCUACAUCGACUACAACUACACUACGGCAUCCACAACAACGACAACGACUACGACAUCAACGACGGAUACUUCUACUUCGACAUCGACUACGACAUCAACGACGGGUACUUCUACUUCGACAUCGACUAGUAGCACCUCAUCGACAUCGACUAGUAGUACCUCAUCGACAUCGACUAGUAGCACCUCAUCGACAUCGACUAGUAGCACCUCAUCGACAUCGACUAGUAGCACUUCAUCAACAUCGACUAGUAGCACUUCAUCAACAUCGACUAGUAGUACCUCAUCAACCACUACACACACUACGACGACGUCCAAAACGACAUCGACAACGUCCAAAACGACAUCGACGACAUCCAGAACGACAUCGACGACAUCCAGAACGACAUCGACGACGUCCACAUCGAGUAAGUGAGACAUAUUCGCAUACAUGCUGA